GCUCCCGCUCCUCCCAGCUCGCACCUCCCCCUCCCCCUCCCCGCUCUCUCCCCGCGCGCCCCCACCGUCCGCCCCGCGCUCGCCUGGCGCGCAGGCAUCGGCCGGCAGGGCGCGGGGAGCGGGGCGCGGGCGGCGCUCGCCUCUGCGGAGCCGCCCCCCGGCCGCCGCCGCCGCGCAUUGCCCAGCCCGUGCCGCCAGGGCUGUCGCCGCCGGCUGCCCGCUCCGAGUACGCCGCGGCAGCGGGAGCCCGGACGCCGGCCCCGAGCGCCCCGCAGACGGGCGGGCGGCUGUGGACGUCCGGCCAGCAGCCCGCAGCAUGGAUUCGGAUUCCGGCGAGCAGAGUGAGGGCGAACCCGUGACCGCGGCAGGUCCCGACGUUUUUAGUUCAAAGAGCCUUGCCCUUCAAGCCCAGAAGAAGAUCCUGAGCAAAAUCGCCAGCAAAACCAUGGCGAACAUGUUGAUUGAUGACACCAGCAGUGAGAUCUUCGAUGAGCUCUACAAAGUCACCAGAGAGCACACCCACAACAAGAAGGAAGCCCACAAGAUCAUGAAAGACUUGAUCAAGGUGGCAAUCAAAAUCGGAAUACUCUACCGGCACAACCAGUUCAGCCAGGACGAGGUGGUCAUCGUGGAGAAGCUCAGGAAGAAGCUGAACCAGACGGCCAUGACCAUCGUCAGCUUCUAUGAGGUGGAGUACACCUUCGACAGGAACGUGCUCUCCAAGCUCCUGCACGAGUGCAAGGACCUGGUGCACGAACUGGUACAGCGACACCUGACGCCCCGGACCCACGGGCGCAUCAACCACGUCUUCAACCACUUUGCUGACGUGGAGUUCCUCUCCACCCUGUAUAGUCUGGAUGGAGACUGCCAGCCCAACCUCAAGAGAAUGUGUGAAGGAAUCCAUAAAUUGCUAGAUGAGAAAGUCCUCUGAAUGCCUUCUCUCCUCCUGGACUUUGCUGAGUUCCAGCUACAGCACCCGGUGUGGUCCAGGUUAGAAUCCAGAAAAGAGGAAACCCUCGUCCAAGAUGCCCGUGUCCUGCCCUAGUUACCCGUCUGCUGUUGAUGUCAGAUUUCACUCAGGUGUGUUUCUCCCCUGAGCCCACUGAUGAGCUCUGUACCUCCAGUCACCUUGGUCCGCCAGCCCGAAGGACACAUCAUCCCUUCUCAGCAGAAGGCUGCUGUGCUCAUCAAGGUGAGCUCGCUUCAUCUUGUGGGGUGGAAGGAGCCCUGGACCAGGAGUUGGAGGACGUGGAUCUGGCUCCCGGCUUCACCAGUCCAGCCAUCCUCGGGACCCUGGGACCACGAUGCCCGCCUGCCUCCCUCCCAGGGCUACUCGCAGGUUCAAAGGAGGCAACGUAUGUUCACGCCUUUGAAAACUCUAACGUAAGGUCUUAUUAUUUUCUCUUUGGAGUGUGAGAGGGACCCACCUGGAUCUAGACUACUACGCAGCAGAGAAGAAAAGAAUAUCAGUAUCUAGUGGGCCAGGUUUACAGUCUGUCUCCAGACGUGCUGUUUCAGACACAAAUGAAUACAAAGGUAUGAAAAAGCAUAGCUGCAGACUGGAAAACUCUUUUCCAAGAGCUGUGUUUUUUAGGUCCCAGGUGCAGGUUUAUGAUCCCACAGAGGGAGUCUUUCCAGCGGGGGUGUGGAGAGUUUCCCACGCCUGACACAGGGGCAGAGAACUGUGCCCCCUGCAGGCCCGGCCUCCCCCUCCAAGGGGCGCCGCCCCUGAGGUGCGGGAGGGCGCAUCCCGGCAGCGCGGGAGAGCGGGCCGAACGAACCCCUAUCCCUCUCUCCUGGCCUUUCACAGUCCCAUUGUGCUAGUUUCUUCGGUUCAUCAAUAAAUUGAAACUACCCUUCAAACAAGAGGUUUUGGAGUUGUGAUUCCAAAAUAAGAUGCCUUGGAGUUAGAUACACUGUUAAGAACAAUGGGAUUGAAAGGCAGACAAUGCGGAGCAGGACACUCAGACUCUGCGGGGUGGGGCGGGGGGAGCGAGAAGGGGGGCAUGGCCAGCUCGCUCACGGACAUGUGGCCGCCUUCUCUGACCAGCUCCCAGCCCCGUUUUCACGCUGUGGCUUCUGACAUAUUUUUGUCAGCUCUUCACAAACAUCAGGACAGGGUAUUGUGUGCCUUCUCAUGUUGUCUGCAGGACGCCACGUUAGGAGACUUGCUUCCUGCAUCACCUUCCAUCCCACUCUGCUUCUUGUACCUGCUGAUGAUGUCAGUAUACCACAUUAGCCCAGCCCCUGGCUCAGCCCUUCAGAAAACGGUUUGUGGGAGGCUGUGAGGCGACAUCCUGUGAGCCUCCGGUGGCCAUGCCGCCUCAUGUCAACAUCAGUGCAAACCAUCAGUUAAGUUCUUCAGCUGCCAGCACUGAAAAGUAGUUCAUAGGGGGGCGCCUGGGUGGCUCAGUCGGGUAAGCGUCUGCCUUCAGCUCAGGUCGUGAUCUCAGGGUGCUGGGAUCCAGCCCUGCGUCGGGCUCCGCAGGGAGCUUCUCCCUCUGCUCCUCCCCGCAGCUCAUGCUCACUUCUGCUCUCUCUCUCAAAUAGAUAAAUUUUAAAAAAUAAAAUAAAAAUUAGUUCAUAGGAAGGAUGUCCAGGAGGGAAGAGGGACCAGGUCAGUCAGCCCCAGCCCCCCCUCGCAGACCUGAGGACUGAACGUUGAUGCCCUGUGCUCAUGUGGGCUGGGGGGGUCGUCCCAGCAAUGGAAGCUGCAGCUGACAGGCUCUUCCCUUCCCAGUCGCCCACUAGACAGCAAGCAGCCCAGCAAUAGCUGAUUUUUCACAUGGUGUCCUCAAUGCCUGCCUUGGUGUACUCGUCUGAUUAAGGACUCCUUCCUAGUUUGAGAGAUGGUUCUAGAAGCAGCAGGUCCUUUUUUCACUAAGCAGCUACCCGGAGAAUUCAGACCCACCAGGACUGGGUGGGACUAUCUUCUGUCCAUCUGAGAAACAGCAGGGAAGAAGGCGGGGUCCCCAGGUUCUCCCCACUCCACAGGCUACCACACACAUCAGUUUCUGACAGUCCAUUGAGUCCCUAAGGAAACUGGGUCCUCCUUGUUCUCGUCAGAGAAGGACCAGCACUUCCACCAGCACGUCUCAGCGAGUGCAAAAGCAGAGUGUAGACCAAAAUCUGUUCUACUGCCUUAGACCGCCCCCACUGAGGCAGCCAAGGGGCUCUCUAGUGUGUGGCCAGUUGGGUGUAUCUCAAGCUUAUCAACAGUACCCAGGGAGAGUGGGCUACCCGGGCCCAAGUAGCCCACAUGCCUCUAAAAAUAGCCCAAGUCAAUCCCAUGUGUACAUUUUAAACAUAACCAUUGGCAUAUAAACUCAAGUGAUUAUCAAGUUUCAUCAGCCAGCGAAAAAGCUUACAAAUUUCAAACACUUUACAUAAUAAUCUAGUGAACCAAAAAAAGAAUCACAUUAUUGAUUUAUCCUAAGGACUCUACCCACAUCACUGUGUCCCUGAAAGGCUGUUUUGGCUGAAAAAAAAAAAAAAAAAAAAUAUAUAUAUAUAUAUAUAUAUGACAGAGACCAGCAGAUGCUAGAUGCUUUCCAAAACAGGACUCUCUAGAUGUGCAUUUGUGCUCAGAACUCUACAAAAUUUUCUUUCUUCCUUUCUUUCUUUCUUUCUUUCUUUCUUUCUUUCUUUCUUUCUUUCUUUCUUUCUUUCUUUCUUUCUUUCUUUCUUUCUUCUUUCUUAUUUUUUAUUAAUUGACAGAGAGAGAGACAGCGAGAGAGGGAACACAAGCAGAGGGAGUAGGAGAGGGAGAAGCAAGCUUCCCGCCCAGCAGGGAGCCCGACGCGGGGCUCGAUCCCAGGACCCUUGGAUCAUGACCUGAGCCGAAGGCAGUCGCUUAACCAACUGAGCCACCCAGGUGCCCCAGAACUCUACAAAAUUUUCAAUGAGGAAGUUAGAAUAUCUGCCUUCAGAUGGCACCAAAAAGAACACAGAUUUCAAGAGAAGCGGGACAAAAUCACUCCACCGAGCAGGCCCGGCGUGCACUUCAGAGAGCAGUGCCUGGCUCAGCAAGCAAGGGCGUAGACGACACUCGUUCUCUAAGAGUGGGGGUGGCAGGAGCAGUCUGCCUCCAUCAUCGGGACACAUCCCUAGGUCUUCAGCCAUCUGUGAGCACCCAGGUCUGUCGCCUGGGAGGACCGUGGACUGGGGUUUGAAAUCCCCCAUCCCUGGUUGUGUGUCCUUCCUCAGGCAUCUGAGCCCUGCAGAAACACAUUUCCUGCCGGCUGUGCUUGCCGUGUGUCUGUGUUGCCCUUCCUCCCUGGGUUUGCAUCUGGUGAGUCUCGACACCCUCGGCACCAUCAGGUCUCUGCUCAGUGACAAAUCAAAAUGAAAAGACUCCUCCAUCUGUGCUUCUCCUCCAAACUCCCACCUCCCCCAUCUGUACAUCCUUCAGAAGCAAAUCAGUACAUUCAUUGGCUCCUCAAUGAAUUUCUUACAUCCAUUUAUAUUUAAAAAAAAAGAGAGAGAGAGAGAGAGAGCGGGCUCAGGGCGCCUGGGUGGCUCAGUCAGUUAAGUGUCUGCCUUCAGCUCAGCUCAUGAUCCCAGGGUCCUGGGAUCGAGCCCUGCAACGGGCUCCCUGCUCAGCGGGAAGCCUGCUUCUCUCUCUCCUACUCCCCCUGCUUGUGUUCCCUUUCUCACUGUCUCUCUCUCUCUGUGUCAAAUAAAAAAAAAAAAAAAAGCUCAAAUCAGGCCUGUGUGCCCCCUGCCCCAUCAUCUUUGGGGGUUGUUUUGUUUUUUAAUUCAGUAGGGUCUCAGGUGUCAAGAGCACAACCAAUCAGUGAAAAUUCUAGGUCAGCUAACUUUGGCUGUGAGAACACUGCAUUAGCAGGAGCUGUCCAGUAAUGGACAGGGAGCUUGACAACAGAGUCCUGAAUCAGAUGGCCUUGAAGGAGAGGGUCCCCAUGGCCCUCCCAACUCCAAAUUGCGUGGCCAGUUUCCCUUAUUUAGUCUGACUGUGCUGUGGGGGCCACAGACCAGACCCACCUCCUGCUCUUUCCUUGGAGGUUUUUUUUAUUGUUAGGGGGAAGACUCUUCUACAACCCAUUCCUCAAAACGGCAUCUAGGAGCCCCCGAGAGUUCUGGCAGGGGCGCGGGGAAAGAAGGCGUGGUAGCAGGGAAGAGGGAAGAGGCCAUGAGUUCUAAAGGGAGUUUGGGACUUUUGUCCAUUCUGGCCCCUUUUUUUUUCUCAAAUAACAUCAAGGUAAGUACCUUCUGAAUCUUGUGGGGAAGAGACUUUGUAGCUGGAGGAUGUUUCUCUUGGUGCUUACAGUGUCAUUCAUGCCGAAUGAUCAAGAAUUUAACCGAAUGUACUUCUGCAGCGGGUCUGUAGGUCUUCGGGGUCCAUGGGUUUUCAAUUUUGAGAAAUGUUAACAUAUGAAAGUGCCGCCUUGUCCUUGACGGUGCCUUACAACGGUUGAGGGACACAGCGACGGGCUGCAGGAAGAGGCGGACUCCCACCUGUCCUGCCUGCCCUUUGAAACUGGCCAGGAAAAUCUACCACAUAGAAACAAAAGAAUUGGCCAACCCGUCCCAGCAAUCCUAAUAAUGAAACUCCAAGGCCCAAGAGAGGCCAUCACUAGAGACCACAGGCACUGCUCCCUCCAAGGAAGGGCACAGAGAAGUUGCCCGCACGCCCUCAAAUCCUAUCCCAGCGCCAGCUUUGCUGGAGUGCAGAAUCCCAGGCGCGAAGAGGGUGCGCGGCUCCAGGAGCCCAGGACCUAACUCCUUGGCUGGACUGAAGAAGAAAGCACAUGGCACUCAGGUAGUGGUGUCAUCGAACGCCUCCGCACCCAGAAGAAGGAAGAACCAGCCAGAGCAAGCUAUCGCUCACUCCCCCGCCCCCAAAAGCCCCCCAGUGCUGCUACUAACCUGUCAUUUCCCUUCUUUGCCCUUCGUUUGCAGUGCUGGGGCAGGGCUCUGCAGAGUAGGGGUCCCAGCCACCCACCCAGGUAGCCAGAGCUUGGGCAGCCGGGCCCCCCAGGCUGUGGUAUAAAGCUCCUCCUUGCCGACUGCCAAAGCCCUUCUGGACCAGUUCCUAGGACAAGAGAGUCUGGGGUUUGGCUCCCGAGGAGGGGCUGGAUGGAAGCCAGAGCUUGGCACGGAGCGGAUGCUGGAGGCUAGCCGGGGAGCGGCAAUCCGUUGUGUUGUGGAGGGAGAAAAGCACUCUUCCAGACUCUGUCACUUGGGAAGGAGGAGCCUGUGGGCUGUUUCUCUCUGUGUGACUGGGUUCCUUCUGCCUCCCAGAGCUGCGUUUCCCUGGGGAGAAGGUCUUACUCCUUCAGUGGUGGGAUGGGGCAGCCCCUGCUUGGUGGUUCAGAAACAGCUACGACUUGAUUUUAGAACUAGAUGGUGGGUUUGGUUUGGGGGAGACAGGUAUCCGGGGGUUUGUUUUCUUUGUGGCUUUCCUAGGCAGUGCAAACUGUAGAACAUGGGACGAGCCAUGAGUCAGAAGGUUUAGUCUCGGCUCACCUGCUACCUGGUGACUUCCUUGCACUUCGCCUCCCUCGGCCCGUGAACAUAGAGCUGCCCAAAAUCGCUAAGAAUCCUUCUUGUUCCAUAGUUCUGUGUUCUGAGCAUCAUAGGAGAGAAGCUCUGGGCAUUUUUUCCUUGUAUGGUUCUUAGAAGGGAAACUAGUCAUUAGUGAAAUGAAGCAAUAGCUUCCACACAGACUGAGAAAUGACUCAAUGAUCCCCUUCAGGACUUUUGAUCAUAGAUAGAAGUUCAUGAUUUUAGAAAGGAAAAGCUUUAAGCUAGAAAAUGCAAGGUAAAAUUAGGACUCCAGGGGCGCCUGCAUGGCUCAGUCGGUUAGGGAUCCGACCCUUGGUUUUGGCUCAGGUCAUGGUCUCAGGGUCCUGGGAUCGAGUCCCAUGCCGGGUUCCACACUCAGCAUGGAGUCUGCUUGAGAUUCUCUCUGUCUGCUCCUCCUGCUUGUAUUCUCUCUUUCUCUCUCUCUCUCUCAAAUAAAUCUUUUUUAAAAAAUUAGGACUCCAUAAGGACCAGAGAAUGGAACAAUGUGAGCUGAGGUAGAAAGCCAGUCAGGCAGCAGCUUAGCUGGGGCCCACUGGGAUUCAAUGUCAGGACCAACCAUCUACUGAGACAUACAUUUCAAACUGAGAUGUGUCAGACUCAGUAAUGUAUCUCUGUAGAGAUAACAGGGUACUAAGCAAAGUCGUAAGUAAGUCAUUACUGAUUUGAGUCAAAUAUCAUAGGUAAUUAUCAGAAUUAUUUUAAACUAUAUAAAUAAAGCCAUUCCCCCAACACAUGAGAUUUUAUGGAGUUCUUAGAUCUCUUUUUCCC